GCUGGUCCUCAGCCCAGAGGGCUGGGGCCAGUUAUCUCUGCGCUGGAGCCUGUCCCCGCUCACUCCUCCAUCAGGUGGAGCAGCUCUACACUCUACUUAGCUGCUCUGCUCUGCUCCGCUCUCCUCUCCUUCCCUCUCCCAUUCAGUCCGAAGGAGGGAGAUGAGCGCAGAGCACCUGGAAGCGCCAAAGAGGUCUAAUCCAGAGCACGCAGAAGCCUCAGUGAAAGGAGCUGCUGUCACUCAGUCACUCACACCCUCUCUCUCCCUCACUCACUGCUGUGGGAGGAGCCCUGCUGGAGGAAGCUGUAUGACUGAUGCUGAGAGGCUGAGAAUGGAUCUGCAAGGAGUGUGUACGUUACUGAGGAACCAGGUUUCCAGAGGCGGCUGAAAAAGGCUACUCGACUUCUGCUGGCUGCAAGAAUAUAGACACAGACUAAGACAGACGGACAGGCGGACAGGCGGACAGAUGAUCUCGGAGCUCGGGAAAGGACACGCAGCAGAGACAGAGGAGACUAGAGAGCCCGCGAAGAAGAGAAACUAACUGCAAACCUAAGUUCCUCCUCCGGCUUUCAUCUCGGUUCGCUCUAAGGAAUGAAACCUUUCCAGCUUGAUCUGCUCUUCGUCUGCUUCUUCCUUUUCAGCCAAGAACUUGGGCUCCAGAAGAGAGGAUGCUGUCUGGUGCUGGGGUACAUGUCCAAGGAAAAGUUCCGGAGGAUGAAUGAAGGCCAAGUAUACUCCUUCAGCCAGCAGCCCCAAGACCAAGUGGUGGUGUCAGGACAGCCAGUGACCCUGCUCUGUGCCAUCCCAGAAUAUGAUGGCUUUGUCCUCUGGAUCAAAGAUGGCCUGGCACUGGGUGUAGGCCGGGAUCUCUCACGUUACCCUCAGUACCUAGUGGUAGGAAACCACUUGUCUGGGGAGCAUCAUCUGAAGAUUCUUCGGGCAGAGCUGCAAGAUGAUGCUGUAUAUGAAUGCCAGGCCAUCCAGGCGGCCAUCCGGUCACGCCCAGCCCGCCUCACUGUUCUUG